CCCCCCUGACGUCACUCGUUCUCAUAACAUGUGUAAAGGACAUGUGAAGGUGCACGCUUUCACACUUAGGAUUGUGUAGUUUGCCCACGACUGUUUCAUCGAGCCACGAAACUGAUGUAUCUGUGUUAGUCAGAAUGUUUUAUAGAAGUAAAAACCUAAGCUAUUUCUUGAACCUUGUCCCGGGUAAAAGUCGUCUCGGGACGUACAGGUUCCUCCCCGUCUUCUUUUGUAUCGGAGGCGUCAUGGAGUGGAUCAUGAUCAACGUGAGGAUAGGGAAGGAGACUUUUUAUGAUGUCUACCGAAGAAAACAGUCAGAGCGGGAGUACCAGCAGAAGCUUGUGGAUGGUUUGGUUGUGCUUAAUGAGCCUGCAGCGAAGUGAACACUGGUCACGCUUCAUGUGGACGUCACAUGUCUAAUGAAAGGACACAUUUUGACCCUUAUUUCAUUGUUGUCAACCAACUGGAGCGGACCUCAUAGAGACCACAAAACAUGUUAUCAAAGAGUGAAAAGUCUGAUGGAGAUAUCCCUUUUAAAACAUGCACGCUUUAUUAUUAAUACAACCUUCUGUUUAAAGAGCUGCAGCAAGGGUAAUACCACUGCUUUGCAAUCAAAUGAAAUAAUAACAAUGUGAUAUGAUUACAAGUCUAUGUUGAUUUGUUAUGAUUCAUACAUUGCGUAGCACCUGCCGUAACAAAAUAGCAACAUGGGCAACGUUGGGGAAAAACAAAUACAAAAAACAGAUGUUUUUUUUUUCUGUAACUAUGAGAUUUCUUUAAGAAAAACAUGGAAAUUUACUGUAUGAAAGAUGUUGGUAUAUUAAAUGAUGCUUAAUAGUAUUUAA